UUAUAGUUGUCACUAAUCGUCCAGGUUCGUUCCCCGAAAGACACUCCAAGAUGAUCUCUGCUGUUGCCCUUCUUUGCCUCGUUGCUGGCACUAUCGCCAUACCAGUCAACACUGGCUACUAUCCUAAAACCCAAGGAUACGGAGGACAUGGAAUUAAUGGCGGCAUCAUCGGAAUCAACGACAACGGAUUUGAAAGCAGCGUCUUAGGAUUUAACGGUGGAAACUCCGCCGCUGCUGCUGCUUCUGCCGCCAGUGGUUUGAAUUCCGCUGCUGCCGCCGCCGCAGCCGCUUCUGGAGCUUCAAGUUUCAACAAUGGUUUCGGAUUCAACGGAGGAUAUGAUGGGGGAAACUCUGCUGCUGCUGCUGCCGCCGCUGCCGCAAGUGGAAUGAAUUCUGCUGCCGCCGCCGCAACUGCAUCCUCUGCACAGAGAAAUUCUUUUAUUGGAUAUCCAGGACAGAUCGGAUCUAACUAUGGACCAUUUGUUAACCAAGGACCAUCUCUUCAACAUUUCCCAUCUGUUCAACCAAUCAAUGGAUUUGGAGGUUCUGCUGCUGCUGCCGCUGCCGCUGCUGCUGGUCAAAAUGCUGCCGCUGCUGCUGCCGCAGCCGCUGGUAGAAACGCCGCCGCUGCUGCUGCCGCUGCAGCUGGGCAAAAUGCUGCUGCUGCUGCUGCCGCUGCCUCUGCAUCUGGUGCCAACUUUGGACUUCAAAAUGGACUUGUAGGUCACCAGUUUGCCGGUCAGAUUGGUGGUCAAUUUGGUGGUCAAUUUGUUCAACCAGCUGUCUACUACCCCAACGUUGUUGGACAGAAUUCUGGAGCUGCCGCCGCUGCUGCUUCUAACAACGCCGCUGCAGCCGCCGCCGCCGCCGCUGCCUCCGCCAGUGGAUUUAAUGGUGGAAUCAUUGGAGGAUCAUCUGGUGUAAUUGGUUCCCGAUUUGUAUCAGGAAAGAAAUAUUGAUAUGAAUUUCUUUUGUUUCAAAAUAUGAAGACGUUCUUUAAUCUGUGAUAUGCGUUUUUUUCAUGUGUCUUACCAUCUUUUAUUUUUGUUAUUUAUUGGUUAUUGAUUUUCAAUAAAUAAA